AUGUCGUUGUCCAAAUUGCAGGGAGUCAAACUCCCCGCCUCCGCCGAUUUCCACGUCCAUCUUCGUGAUGGUGACAUGAUGGACCUCGUUACUCCUACCAUCCGGCAAGGAGGUGUCAACACUGUCUUCGUCAUGCCCAAUCUCGUGCCUCCCGUGACUACUGUCGACCGUGCUCUUGACUACCAAAGGCGCCUUCAGGCCAUUGAACCAAAUGUGAACUUCCUCAUGUCUCUGUACCUCCACGAGACCAUCACCCCCGAAGUUAUCAUCGAUGCCAAGAAGCGAGGCAUUGCCGGUGUCAAGAGUUACCCAGCAGGUGUGACCACUAACUCCUCUUCGGGUGUCGUGGACUACUCCCUGUUCUACCCCGUCUUUGCCGAGAUGGAGCGUCAGGAUAUGGUCCUCAACAUCCACGGAGAAUGCCCCUCCCAGGGUGACGUUACUAUCCUUUCGGCCGAGGAACGUUUCCUCCCAACCCUCAUCCAGAUCCACGAGAAGUUCCCCAAACUUCGAAUCAUCUUGGAGCACUGCACCACGGCAGCGGCUGUAGAGGCUGUCAAGAAAUGCGGACCCAGUGUUGCAGGAACCAUCACCGCGCAUCACUUGUCUUUGAUCGUCGAUGCUUGGGCGGGAGAUCCGUUCUGCUUCUGCAAGCCCGUCGCUAAGACCCCCGCCGAUAGAGAUGCCCUUCUCCGCGCUGCAACAUCCGGCAACCCCAAGUUCUUCUUUGGCUCCGACAGCGCACCUCACCAGGCAGCCUCCAAGCGUGGUGGCGACAAGAUUGCAGCGGGCGUGUUCACUCAACCAUACACCACCCAGGUUGUUAUCGACUCUUUCGAACAAGCUUGUGAGAACGGUAUCCUGAAGGAGGAUAACAUUACCCCUGAGAUUAUCGAGGGCUUCAUGAGCAAAUUCGGCCGUGCUUUCUAUGGCCUGGAGGAGGAAAAGAAGGAGUUCAUUACUCUCGAAAAGAAGGGUGAAAAGAUCGCAAACAUCCUGCAGUCAGAAAAUGUGGACGUCGUUCCAUUCAGACGGGACCAGAACACAUGGAGUGUGUCUUGGUCUUCAUAG